UGGCAGCAGCUGGGUCUCAAGCACUCCCAAUUCCAGCGUGGAAAGUGAUCCUGCUGGAGACCUGAGACCACAGGCCACAGAGAGGAAGUCCAUCUGGGCGGCCCAGCAGGCAGAGGAAUUCCUGGAAGGAAGCUCACAUCUCAGGAAUCUGCUCCAGAGACUGCAAGGAUGCUGACUGUCCCGGAAAUGGGCCUACAAGGGCUGUAUAUCAGCUCUAGUCCAGAGAGAUCCCCAGUACCCAGCCCACCCGGCUCCCCGAGGACCCAGGAGAGCUGUGGCAUUGCCCCCCUCACCCCUUCACAGUCUCCAAAGCCAGAGGCCCGUGCUCCACAGCAGGCCUCCUUCUCUGUGGUCGUAGCCAUUGACUUCGGGACCACAUCCAGUGGCUAUGCCUUCAGCUUUUCCAGUGACCCUGAAGCCAUCCACAUGAUGAGGAAAUGGGAGGGGGGAGACCCAGGCGUGGCCCACCAGAAGACCCCGACUUGUCUGCUGCUGACCCCGGAGGGUGUCUUUCACAGUUUCGGCUACACUGCCCGUGACUACUACCACGACCUAGACCCCGAGGAGGCUCGGGACUGGCUCUACUUUGAGAAGUUUAAGAUGAAGAUCCACAGUGCCACUGAUCUCACCUUGAAGACCGAGCUAGAGGCCGUAAAUGGGAAGAAGAUGCUGGCCCUGGAGGUGUUUGCCCACGCCCUCCGCUUCUUCAAGGAGCACGCUCUUCAGGAGCUGAGGGAGCAGAGCCCCUGCAUGCUCGAGAGGGACACUGUGCGCUGGGUGCUGACAGUGCCUGCCAUCUGGAAACAGCCAGCUAAGCAGUUCAUGAGGGAGGCUGCCUACCUGGCUGGCCUGGUGUCUCGAGAGGAUGCAGAAAAACUCCUCAUUGCUCUGGAGCCUGAGGCUGCCUCUGUCUACUGCCGAAAACUUCGCCUGCACCAGCUCCUGGACCUGAGUAGCCGGACUGUAGGAGGAGGGCGCCUGGGUGAGCGCAGGUCCAUUGACUCCAGCUUUCGACACGCCCGGGAGCAGCUGCGGAGGUCUCGCCACAGCCGAACGUUCCUGGUGGAGUCUGGUGUAGGAGAAUUGUGGGCAGAGAUGCAAGAAGGAGACCGCUACAUGGUGGCAGACUGUGGAGGUGGUACUGUGGACCUGACCGUACACCAGCUGGAGCAGCCUCACGGCACCCUCAAGGAGCUCUACAAGGCUUCUGGCGGCCCUUAUGGCGCAGUAGGGGUGGACCUGGCCUUUGAGCAGCUGCUCUGCCGCAUAUUCGGGGAGGACUUCAUCGCCAAAUUCAAAAGGCAACGGCCAGCAGCCUGGGUGGAUCUAACCAUUGCCUUCGAGGCCCGCAAGCGCACUGCAGGCCCACACCGUGCGGGAGCACUCAACAUUUCCCUUCCCUUUUCUUUCAUUGACUUCUACCGCAAGCAACGAGGCCACAACGUGGAGACGGCCCUGCGCAGGAGCAGUGUGAACUUUGUGAAGUGGUCCUCACAGGGGAUGCUCCGGAUGUCCUGUGAGGCUAUGAACGAGCUGUUCCAGCCCACAGUCAGUGGGAUCAUCCAACACAUAGAGACAUUGCUGGCAAGGCCUGAGGUACAGGGCGUGAAGUUGCUAUUCCUGGUGGGCGGCUUUGCAGAGUCGGCUGUGCUGCAGCAUGCAGUACAGACAGCACUGGGCACCCGUGGCCUGCGCGUUGUGGUCCCGCACGACGUGGGUCUCACCAUCCUCAAGGGAGCAGUGCUCUUUGGCCAGGCACCCGGUGUGGUGCGGGUGCGCCGCUCCCCUCUCACUUACGGCGUGGGCGUACUCAACCGUUUUGUGCCUGGUCACCACCCACCUGAGAAACUGUUGGUUCGGGAUGGGCGCCGCUGGUGCACUGAUGUCUUUGAGCGCUUCGUUGCAGCAGAGCAGUCGGUGGCCCUGGGAGAGGAGGUGCGGCGCAGCUACUGCCCUGCGCGCCCCGGCCAGCGGCGCGUGCUCAUCAAUCUGUACUGCUGCGCUGCAGAGGACGCACGCUUCAUCACUGACCCUGGCGUGCGUAAGUGCGGCGCACUCAGCCUGGAGCUGGAGCCUGAAGGCUGCCCGGAAAACACAGGCACGCCCCCCAACCGCCGUGAGAUCCGUGCUGCCAUGCAGUUUGGCGACACGGAGAUUAAGGUCACUGCUGUGGAUGUCAGCACUAAUCGUUCUGUGCGGGCGGCCAUUGACUUUCUUUCCAAUUAAGGGUGCCCUUUCGUUGGGGGCAGAAGAACAUGCUGGUUUUCACAGCGGCGCCCCUUUCUACCCACCCUGAGAGAAAUGUGGUAAGGACACAUGGAGACUCGCGUUGGGAUUGGGCCUUGGUCUACUGAUUGGAACACUAAAAGAAUGCCAAGAGGUGAGGUGGCAUAAGAGACUUCUAAGGUUAGAGGGUGAGCCUGGCUUAUAAAUGUGUGACCACGAAGACAGACUACAAUGGAGGACUAAACACUGGCCUGAACUUGAGGGUUGAGGGGAAGGUUAAUCAAAAUUGCUGAGGAGCCGCACGAGGUGCAGAACCUGGGCCUGAAGGUUAGAGUUCACUGACUGUUGAAACUGUGGAUGGAGUUCUAGCCACAGAAGCCAGAGAGCAAUUUCAUGCAGGGUUUAAGCCCAUGCUAAAGGGACAGAUGUAAUAGAAGCUGGCUGUGUGACUGUUAAUCGCAGAGCAGUGGCUGACGGGAGGAGGGUGCAUUGUUACAGUGAAGGCAGUUUGGAGGGGAUGUGGACGCAGCAUGCUCAGAGGGACCCACGGGCAGCCUAUAAAUGACUCAUUUGCCACCAACCCAGCCACAGGAGGACAGAGUUCACUGGGGUGAGGGGGGUGGGUGCCCCAGCUCUGCCACUCAUCACUAUAGUUUAUCACUAGGAAAUCUGAUCAACCAUGGGCCUCAGUUUCUCCAAGUGUGAAAUGUCGGACACUUCCAGCCAACUAUGGCAUAGGACAACUUUACCUGGCUGAGAACUUACCCUAGGUGAAAUAAAGCAUGCGUGGUCAAGAAAA